UCUCACUUUCCUGCCUGCCGAGGCUGAUGCGUGCUGAGUUCCGAGGUGAACACAGCCCCGGGCCAGGAAAGCUCCAGGAGCUGCUGGAAGGACUGUCCUGGGCCAGGAAAGCUCCAGGAGCUGCUGGAAGGACUGUCCUGGGCCAGGAAAGCUCCAGGAGCUGCUGGAAGGACUGUCCUGGGCCAGGAAAGCUCCGGGAGCUGCUGGAAGGACUGUCCUGGGCCAGGAAAGCUCCGGGAGCUGCUGGAAGCACUGUCCUGGGCCAGGAAAGCUCCGGGAGCUGCUGGAAGCACUGUCCUGGGCCAGGAAAGCUCCAGGAGCUGCUGGAAGGACUGUCCUGGGCCAGGAAAGCUCCGGGAGCUGCUGGAAGGACUGUCCUGGGCCAGGAAAGCUCCAGGAGCAUGGCUUUCAUGUCCUGGGCAUGGCUUUCAGUCAUGGUGAGAGCCCUCUGGGAGCUCCAGCCUGGCUCUGUUCUUCACUGGAACUGGGACAGAACGAUGUUUAUUUGCUGCUGCUGCUGCUGGAUGGUGCCUCUGGAUGUUCAUCCCUCCUCCCUGGCGUUUAGGGGCCCGGACCAUCGGGGUUCAUGGGGGUUCUCCCGAGGGAGUCAGAGCCCUGCAGGCUCCCUGGCUGCUCGGGGAUGUGGGGAUGUGCCCCGGGCUCCAGCAGGGCCAGCCCCUGCCCGCAGCAGGACAGUGCCUGGCUCGGAGCUCCUGGGCUUUGUCUGUGCCUUGGCACUGCUGGAUCACACAGGGGACGGGCUGGGCUUUGUGUGCCAUUUGGAGAUCAUGUUUUACCUCAUUCACAGCUCCUCACUUGCUCGUUUUUUAAGUAUUUUCUCCAACUUUUACAAAAUAAAGUUCAGUUUCUUUACCAGGACACUGCCCAGCAUUGAUUUGUGCAGCACCAACAGGAUCUGGUUCCUGGCUCCAGUCCUCAUGGACCCAGCCCUUUCCUCUUGCUGGGCAUCAGACUCAAAUCUCCCUCUCCCUGUUUGACUGGGAGCCAUUUCCACAGCUGAUAGAGCAGGGUCUGUGCAUGACUUAUUUUCAGGCAGAAAAUAUGAUAUUAUUUCUGAAAUCCUUGUUUCACCCAAAGUCCCGUUGUAGCUCGGGGGCCCAGAACACUGAAUUAGCCUUGCCUGAGCAUGCAAUUCCUUCCCAAAAUGCAGGUGAGAAGGUGUCACUCGUGGAUGUAGCCUGUGGGGUGUCUCCUCAGGGUGGGCAUUGCAGUGAGCACCCUGCAGCAGGGCUGGCUGCCAGCUCCUGCUCAAACAUCACAUUUUAGAGCUCACCACUAAUGUUCUCCAGCAC